AGCCAGACCUGAGAAACGCACAAGCCAACCUGAAGCGCACAUCGUCUAACCGCGACUUCUAUAUUUGCUAACCAUGUCCAACGACAAGAAGAUGCGUCUCGCCAUUGUCGGUGGUGGGAUCGUAGGUCUCGCCUUUGCUAUCUCGCUCGCUAAGUGCGGCGCACAGAACAUCGAGGUAGACAUCUACGAGAGCGCGUCAGCUUUCGGCCAGGUUGGUGCUGGAAUGGGAUUCUGGCCACGCAUUUGGGAGAAUAUGCGCCUUCUCGGUCUCGAGGAGGACCUUAAGCCGCUCGUCAGCUCUGGAAAGCCCUUCCGCUACACCAAAGGUGACCAACCACAAUACCUCUCCUUUGGCGAAAGCCACUCGGCCCUGCAGACAUUCCACCGCAACGACAUUCUCGCCGUAUUUCUGCGCCAUAUUCCAACAUACUACCGUGCUCAUUUCGGAAAGCGGCUUGUGUCAUACACCGACUCUCCCGAUGGGCCAGUCGUCUUGGAGUUCAAGGAUGGCACGACCGCCACCUGUGAUUUUCUUGUUGGCUCAGAUGGGAUCAAGAGCGUCGUGCGCCGCACGAUGUACGAGAGGUUCGCUGCUAGUGUAGAGGACCCGAAGGAGAAGGAGCGGUUGCUCGCGUUUGUGAAGCCCACCUGGACGGGGCAGUAUGUAUAUCGUGGUGUUAUCAGCACUGAAGAUUUAAGGAAAGUGACGCCUGACCAUCCGGUAUUUGAUGGUCCCCUUUAUUUCGCGGGAAAGAACAAAUACUUUAUCUGCUACCCCGUCUCAAACGGUACGGGUAUCAACUGUGGUGGCCUCGUUUCGUACCCUGAGGGGAACGGAACGCUACACAACGAGCCAUGGGUCGAGACUGUCAGCCAGGAUGAAUUCCGUGCGGAGUUCCCCGGCUGGUCGCCUUACGUGCAAGCCGUCAUCGAUCUCAUCAAGGCACCUUCGAAGUGGGUUAUCAACUCUGUCAUUGGCCUGCCAACGUAUUUCUCGGGUAGGGUCGCCCUCAUCGGAGACGCGGCCCAUGCAAUGACGCCUCACCAGGCUUCUGGUGCGGCGCAGGGCGUCGAGGACGGCCUUCUCCUCGCUGCGCUCCUUGCGGACCCUCUCGCCAGCCCCGCGACGCUCCCUCACAUCCUGCGCGCGUACGACCAUGUGCGCCGCCCAUUCUCGCAGGAGAUUCUCCGCCGCUCGUACGAGUGCGGCGCAGCGUACUACUUUCAGCGUGGUGCAUUUGCGGACGUCCCCGUCCCCGACAGCGCCAGUGGGAAGAUCGCACCGGAGAGCUUGAAAGCACUGAGUGACCACAUCAAUGAGCUGCUGGAGUGGACGUGGAAGACGAGCUCUGAUGGCGACAGAAGCGAGGCGUUGGAGAUGUUUCAUGGAUUUGUUGUCAGUGGGGCUUAGAUGGUCAAUUUUGCGGCCUCAGUAGGUUAAGUGUCGAAGCUGAAAUGUCUUAAGAGAUGUCAAUUCACGUCGUCAUGCGGCACGAGCACCCUCCACAAUAUACUAUCGUUC